AUGUCACCGUAUGGCAACAAGGCUCUCGCCAUGACCAUAGGACUAGCCAUCAUUUUGUCUUUUUCAUUUGUCCUCUUGACCGACGAUGCAUGUAAAUCGAUUCCGAUUGAGAAUGGACACAUUCAUAUCUGCGAGACCACUCCCGGGGUGCGCUCUUUUAGCGGCCACAUCACCAUACCCCCAAGUGAAGACUCUCGCGUCGAGAGCAACAUGUUCUUCAUGUUUUUCGAGGCCCGAAAGUCCCCACGCGAGGCCCCACUAACUCUCUGGCUCCAGGGCGGCCCAGGCUCGGGCUCGAUCGGCCAAGCCGUGUCGGGCCACAGCGGCCCGUGCCGCGUCACCGGUCCCGACGGCACGGCAACCGAGCUGAACCCCUGGAGCUGGAACAACGAGGCCAACAUGCUGUACGUCGACCAGCCGGUGCUGACCGGCUACAGCUACGACACCAUUUCGCGCGGUUUCCGCAACGUGACGACCGGACACAUCGCCGUGGGCGACGACGCCUUUGCCCAGAUCCCCGCCGACAAUGCAACCAUCCGCAGGGGCCUCUUCGCCAGCCAGGACGCCAAGAACGCCCCGAACACGACCGACACGGCCGUCGCCCAGCUGGUCCGCUUCCUGGACAUCUGGACCCGCGACUUUGCCCGAUACCCUCACGACGAGAUCAACAUCUGGGCUCAGUCGUACGGGGGCCACUUUGCACCCGCGCUCGCCGCCGCCCUCAUGGCCCGGCGCCGCGACAGGCCCGAGCUGAUGUCGGUCGGGUCCGUCGGCAUCAUCAACGGGUUGGUCGACCUGGUGCUGCAAGCCCCGUCACUGACGACCUUCCCCGUCAACAACACAUAUGGCAUCAAGGCUUACUCGGAAGACGUGGCCGCCCAGGCCAGAUCCAUCUUGCCCACAUGCAUUGCCCAGAGCGGCGAGUGUCAGGCGCUGCAGCGGUCCAAGACCAAGAGCAGGAAAGAGAUUGACGACACCUGCGCGGCCGCCUUUGGAACCUGCUGGGGACUGGCUGCGCUCUACGACGCCAAUGCGGAUCGUGGCUUUUUUGAUAUUGGCCACCAGGCGCUAGACCCCUUUCCGCCAGAGUACAUAGUAGGCUGGCUCAACAAUGACGAGGUGAUGCGGAAGAUUGGCGCCAGAAUUAAUUAUACCGAGACCAGCGGCGCGACGGAGAAUGGGUUUGCAAUGACGGGCGACUUUAUACGGAGUUCAGCCGAUGAGCUGGUUGGACUGAUUGAUGCGGGGGUCAAGGUAGCGUUGGUUCAUGGAGAUCGUGACUUUCGUUGCAACUGGAUCGGUGGUGAAGCCGUCAGUCUGGCCCUGAACCACUCCAAAAAAGAACAGUUCGCCGCGGCGGGGUACACAGACAUCAAAACCAACAACACCUACGUUGGCGGCAAGGUCCGGCAGCAGGGCCUUUUCUCCUUCAGCCGGGUCUUCCAGGCCGGCCACGAGGUUCCAAUGUAUCAGCCGGAGACGGCCUAUCGGAUUUUUAUGCGGACCAUCACGGGCAAGGACGUGGCGACGGGCACGGUUGAUGUUGUCAAGGACAGCGGCUUCGCAACACAGGGACCUUGGUCGGUUUUUAACGUGCAGCAGCCGCCUCCUCCGCAUCCGCCCAACGAAUGCUAUAUUGACUAUUCGCCACUCGGAUGGCGCUGCACCAAGGAGCAGAUUGCAGCUCUGACGAACGGGACGGCGGUAGUUGAGAAUCGAGUCGUGGUAGCGCCAGCUGCUUGA